GUUGGCGCUUUAGGGGAUCUACUACUUCAGUACAACUACCGAUUAGUAUUAUUUUUAUUGAUCAGACGUCACUGAUCGCAAAGGGGGCUUGAGAAUUUGAGAAAAUGCUCAAAUACGUUAUGCAAAUGACAGGCGAUAAACUAGAAGGCAGCCAAAUUGUUUACGCAAUAGGCUUUGGCAUUUCAUAACAUUCACACAAACAGGAUAGACACACCCUGAAGCGGUUGAUUUACUGGCGUUCAAAGCAGCACUGGGGGACUCUGUCACAGCAGUGAUCGCGUAGCCUACCGUUACCUCUUAAAGCUCGAAACUGGCACCGCGAGAAAGUUAUUUAGGAAAGGCUUGGGAAAUGAAAACAUCAUAUUGGCUGCAGUUGCUGUUUGUCCUUCUCGAGGCCUAGAAACAUAUUCAGUUGAUAUAGCCGAUUCUUUUUCCAGGCUGGAAUUUAUUUUGGGAUCGUACCUCGUGACAAGCAACGCAUAAAGUCAGGAACAUCGAGAGCGUUUCAAAUACUUCUAAAUUCUCUUCUUAGUGCACAAGACUGCACUAAGAUAUCAUCAUCUCCAGUCAUACAGAGAAGCUGAUUGUCAACACCGACACCAGUUCUGAUGUUUACAUUUCCAGUUUAUCUGCAGUAUGUCAGAGAAGCAAGAAAAGGACUCUCUGUCUGAGAUGAGUCUCUCAAAGAAACAGAGUGUAAUUACAGGCUCAGAUGUGUCCAGCUCUGUGUCAGUGAAGAGUGACCAGUCAAUAGGCGGACCACCAUAUUUCAGUGAGGAAACACCAUCUACCAAAAGUGUAAUUACAGGCUCAGAUGUGUCCAGCUCUGUGUCAGUGAAGAGUGACUGGUCAAAAGAUGAACCACCAAAUUUCAGUGAGGAAACACCAUCAUCUACCAAAAGUGUAAUUACAGGCUCAGAUGUGUCCAGCUCUGUGUCAGUGAAGAGUGACUGGUCAAAAGAUGAACCACCAAAUUUCAGUGAGGAAACACCAUCAUCUACCAAAAGUGAAAGAUUAGGCUCUGUGUCUGUUAAAAGUGAUGGGUCACUUAUCCAUCCACCAGACUUAAGUGAGGAAACACCAUCUUCCAAAAGGUUUCAAUAUGAGACAUUAGAUUCAGACAUUCAGACUCACAGGAGCCAGAAGAAUUUCAAAGACAAUAUCCUGUGGAUCUUCAAGGAUAUAGAGAGCAAGAUAAUCCAAUUUCUGAAAAAUGAGCUUGAGAAUUUUAAGAAGAUAUUACAAAAAGAAAACAUGCAAUACUUUGUGAAAGACUUUAAUGAGAAUAGAUUGAGUAUCAAGGAAAUAGCUCUUGAUCUCACACUCUACUUCUUGAGAGAUAUGAAGCAAGAUGUAGCUGCUGAUACUCUAGAAGAUGAGCUGCUCUUCAUCCAUCAACUAAAAAGUAACCUAAAGAAUAAGUACCAAUGUGUGUUUGAAGGAAUUGCAAAGCAAGGUGACUCUACACUUCUGAAUAACAUCUACACAGAUCUCUAUAUCACUCAGGGUGGUUGUGAACAGGUCAAUACUGAACAUGAAGUAAGACAGAUUGAAGUUACUACCAGGCAUCAAGAAUCACAAGAGAUACAGGUUGAAUGCACAAAGAUGUUUCAAGCUCCUGAACAAGAAAAGCAGAUCAGAACUGUACUGACAAAAGGAGUUGCUGGCAUCGGAAAGUCAGUCUCUGUGCAAAAGUUUGUUCUGGAUUGGGCUGAAGGAAAAGAAAAUCAAGAUAUCAGUUUCAUAUUUCCUCUUCCAUUUAGAGAGUUGAACUUAAAGGAGAUAGGAACACAAAGCUUGACAAGUAUUAUAAGUCAGUUUUUCCCAGAAACAAAAACACUGAAUCUUAAAAGAAGGAAUCAAUUCAAAGUCCUGUUCAUUCUUGAUGGAUUGGAUGAAUGUCGUCUUCCUCUGAACUUUGAUGGUAAUGAGACGUGGUCUGAUGUAUUAUCACCAGCCUCUCUGGAUGUUCUCCUGACAAACCUGAUCAAGGGAAAUCUGCUUCCUUCUGCUCUCAUCUGGAUCACCACCAGACCAGCAGCUGCCAGUAAGAUUCCUCCUGAUUAUAUUGACCGGGUAACAGAGGUCAGAGGUUUCAACGAUGUACAAAAGGAGGAGUACUUCAAAAAAAGAUUCACUGAUCAGAAUCUGGCCAGUGAAAUCAUUGAUCAUGUAAAAAAAUCUAGGAGUCUGUUUAUCAUGUGUCACAUCCCAGUCUUCUGCUGGAUUUCAGCCACUGUUCUCCAGAAUAUUUUGGAGGAAAAAAGAAAUAAUGAUCAGAAAACCCAUCAGGCUGAUGACGCCUCCAAAACACUGCAGAAAUCAAAUACUGAUGACAUUCCUAAGACUCUGACCCAAAUGUACACACACUUUCUCCGUUUUCAGAUCCUGCAGAGCAGACGAAAGUAUGAUGGAGAAUAUACACCGAAUAUUUCCUGGGAUAAAGAUGCCAUCCUUUCACUGGGGAAACUUGCAUUUCAUCAGUUAGAAAGAAAUAACCUGAUCUUCUAUGAUACAGACCUGGAAGCCAGUGGUAUUGACAUAUAUAAAGCAUCAGUAUAUUCAGGCAUGUGUACCCAGAUUUUUAAAGAGGAAACAGGGAUCAUUUUUGGUACCAUGUACUGUUUUGUUCACUUGAGCAUUCAAGAGUUCAUUGCAGCCCUUUAUGCACAUCUGUUUCUAGACAUCAACAAGAAAAGUGUGUUUGUUCAAGACUCUGCAGAACAGGAAAACAAAAAUGAAGCCAUGAUUGAUUUGCUCAAGACUGCAGUGGACAAGGCACUCGAGAGUGACAGUGGACACCUGGAUCUUUUUCUUCGUUUCCUUCUUGGUCUGUCACUCCAGACCAAUAGACUUCUCUUACGAGGUCUGUUGUCACAGUAUGACUACAGUGACCAGAGCAAAAAGGAAGUAGUUCAGCACAUAAAGCAGAAAUUAGAGGAUAAUUUGUCUCCAGAGAGAUCCAUCAAUCUGUUCUACUGUCUGAAUGAACUGAAUGAUCAAACUCUGGUAAAAGAGAUUCAGACUCACCUCAGUAAAGGAAGUCUUUCAUCUUCUGAUCUUUCACCUGCCCAGUGGUCCGCUUUGGCCUUUGUGUUGUUGACAUCAGAGGAAGAGAUGGAGGAGUUUGAGCUUCAGAAAUUCAAGAAAUCAGACGAAUGUCUCAUUAGAUUAUCAACAGUCAUUAAAACUACCAAAAGAGCUUUGCUAAAUGAUUGUAACAUAACAGACAAAAGCUGUCCAGCUCUGGCUACAGUUCUUGGAUCAGAUACCAGUCUGAAAGAGCUGAACAUGAACAAUAACAAUCUGCAGGACUCAGGAGUAAAGCAUAUCUGCAUUGGACUGAAGAGUGUAAAUUGCAAAUUAGAGAUACUGAGACUAUCAGACUGCGGCAUCACUGAAGAAGGUUAUAAAGCUCUGGCUUCAGCUCUGAGAUCAAACCCUUCACACCUGAUAGAGCUGGAUCUCACAGGAAAUGAUCCUGGACAAUCAGGAGUGAAGGAGCUCAGUGAUUUACUACUGGAUCCAAACUGUCAACUGAAGACACUGAGAUUUUUGAGUCCUGCUGCAAAUGAAGCCUGUCAGUAUGUGUCUGGAAUUGUGGGUAAAAACCCGUUGCUCCUGAGAGAUCUUAAUCUGGGUGAAUGUGAAUUAGGAGACACAAGAGUAAAUCAGAUCACUGCUCUACUGCAGGAUAAGCACUGUAAACUCAACACACUGAUUCUAUAUAGAUGCAGUAUUACAGAGAAACAAUGUCUCAUCCUGAUUUCAGCUCUGAAAUUAAACCCUUCAUACCUGAGAGAACUGGACUUAAGUGAGAAUGAACUAAAAGACACAGGAUUGAAUAACUUAUGUGACGUUCUGAAAGAUUCACACUGUAAACUGGAGAGACUGAGGCUUUCAGACUGCAGUAUCACUGAAGAAGGUUAUAAAGCUCUGGCUUCAGCUCUGAGAUCAAACCCUUCACACCUGAUAGAGCUGGAUCUGACAGGAAAUGAUCCUGGACAAUCAGGAGUGGAGAAGCUCAGUGAUUUACUACAGGAUGAUUCCUGUAAAUUAAAGAUCAUCAGGUUUCUGAAAAGUCCUGCUGCACAAGAUGUGUGUGAUUAUCUUACCAAAGUUCUGGCUAAAAGUCCAUUAUUACUGACAGAACUGGAUCUGAGUGAAGAUAAAAUUGGAGAUUUGGAUUGGGAGAAGCUCUCUGCUCUUUUGGUGGACUCUCAUUGCAAACUGGAGAAAAUAAAGCUGAAUAAUUGUGAGCUGACAGAGAAAAGCUGUUCAGUUCUAGCUACUGUUCUCUCCUCCAAAACCAUCCUGAAAGAGCUGAACCUGAACAACAGUCGUCUGCUGGACUCAGGAGUCAAAGUGAUCUGUGAGGGACUGAAGAAACCUGUGUGUGAGCUGGAGAUACUCAAACUUUCAGACUGCAGUAUCACUGAAGAAGGUUAUAAAGCUCUGGCUUCAGCUGUGAGAUCAAACCCUUCACACCUGAAAGAGCUGGAUCUCACAGGAAAUGAUCCUGGACAAUCAGGAGUGAAGGAGCUCAAUGAUUUACUACAGAAUCCAAACUGUCAGGUGAAGACACUGAGGUUUUUGGGUCCUGCUGCAGAUGAAGCCUGUCAGUAUGUGAGUGGAAUUGUGGGUAAAAACCCAUUACUUUUGAGAGAGCUGAAUCUGAGUGAAUGUGAACUAGGAGACACACGACUGAAUCAGAUCGCUGCUCUGCUGCAGGAUAAACACUGUACACUCAAAACACUGAAGCUGUGCAAUUGUGGUCUAACAGAGGAAAGCUGCUUAGUUCUCGCUACAGUCCUGAGAUCAAACUCCAGUCUGAAAGAACUUGACAUGAGCAACAAUAAUCUGCAGGAUUCAGGAGUGAAGAAACUCCAGAGCGGAUUAGAAGACACAAACUGCACACUCACAAAACUAAGUCUUUCAGACUGCAGUAUCACUGAAGAAGGUUAUAAAGCUCUGGCUUUAGCUCUGAGAUCAAACCCUUCACACAUGAUAGAGCUGGAUCUCACAGGAAAUGAUCCUGGAGAAUCAGGAGUGAAGCAGCUCAAUGAUUUACUACAGGAUCCAAAAUGUCAACUAAAGAAGCUGAGGUUAAGCUGCUGUUAUAUUACAGAUGAAGGAUGUUCUGCACUGACUUCAGCUCUGAAAUCAAACCCUUCACAUCUGAGAGAAUUGGACCUCAGUGGGAAUGAACUAGGAGACUCUGGAGUGAAAAACCUCAGUGAUCUACUGAAGAACCCACAAUUCAAACUGGAGAAACUACAUCUGUGUGAAUGCAGUAUUAAAGAGAAACAGUGUUUCAUCCUGACUUCAGCUCUGAAAUUAAACCCAUCAAACCUGAGAGAACUGGACCUGAGUAGAAAUGAACUAAAAAAUACAGGAGUGAAUCACUUAUGUGAUGUACUGGAGGAUUCACACUGUAAACUGGAGAGAUUGAGGUUAAGAUACUGUGAUGUGACAGAUGAAGGUUGUUCUGCUGUGACUCUAGCUCUGAAAUCAAACCCAUCACACCUGAGAGAGCUGAACCUUUGUAGGAAUGAACUAGGAGACUCUGGAGUGAAAAACCUCAGUGAUCUACUGAUGAACCCACAAUGCAAACUGGAGAAACUAGGUUUGAGUGAAUGCAGUAUUACAUACGAACAGGGUCUCAUCCUGACUUCAGCUAUAAAAUCAAACCCAUCACACCUGAGAGAGCUGGACCUUAGUGAGAAUCAAAUAAAAAACACAGGAAUGAGUCAAUUAUGUGAUGUACUAAAGGAUCCACACUGUAAACUGGAGAGAUUGAGCCUAAAUUUCUGUGGCAUUACAGACGUUUCUGCUUUAACUCAGUCUUUGACAAACACAAAAGCACUGCAGUUUCUAAAAGAGCUUGAUCUGACAAACAAUAUGAUUGGAGGCUCAGUUAAGCAGCUCAUUGAUGUGCUACGAAGCUCAAACUGUAAACUGAAACAGGACCGUGAACAGGCUUUGUUUAGAGCUGCUACAAAGCACACUGGUAUGCAAUUUACAUCCUGGUCUAAAUCUUAGAAUCCUGUGAAAAGGAGCUUCAUUAUCAGGUGAAGCAGUGAAGUGAAGAGUCAAUCGUCAGAACAGAGCGGAUUCUAAUUAUCAAUUUAUAUAUCAAUAUUAUUAUUUUA